CCAACCACUGUGCGAUACGUCACGACGUAAACUGGAGGUGAAAGGUUGUUGGAAACAUGGCCGCCUCCAGGGGAACUGGGAUUGUCCUGAAAACUGUCAAGAAAAUAGCGGUGCAGUUCUGUCCUUUUGAAACCAAUACCCGGUCAACAAGGGAGUUCCUGGUUCUGGUGGGAUCGGAGAAGGCCCGAUCUACAAACAUGAACUGUGAGGUCACCACAGACGUUAAACAUGAUGCAUCUGAACCCGUAGUCGAUGUCUUAUUCAUGGAUGGGGAGCAGCUGCUGAUGAAGGGGGGCAAACUCACCAGCCAGGAGAUGCUGACCGCUUUCCAGACGCGCUGCACAGCCAAGGAUCCACAAGCCAAGCUGGGGGCUAAGAAGUAGAACGCUGUUUAUAAUAAGUGUCACAUAAGUGUCAAAUGUGCCUGUAUAUAUCUAUGUCUUUUUGUUUUCUAAUAAAUUAUUAUUCUUUUCUCUGAA